AGCCUGGGCUGAGCUGUUGUAGUCCGUCUCGACACACCCGGCAGUUGGAAUCCUCUCGUCUCCAGAUCCAAAUCCAAAUCCAGAUCACCCACCCACCCACCGGCGCGCGAUCCAUCCAUGGAGCUGGAGGCGCCGUCGCCGGCGAGGUACCUGCUGGGCGCGGCGAUCAUGAUGGCCGGCGUCGUGCUCCCGCUCGCCUACAUGAUCUUCCGCAGCAAGCGCUCCUCCUCCGCCGCCGCCGCCUCCGUCUCCUCCAUCGCCUCCGCCGCCCCCUCCUCCUCCUUCUCCAAGCAGACGAGCAAGGGGCUCUUCUGAUCACCGGCGCGCUCGCAUUCCGUUUGGCGCUGCUGUAGCUGGUAGCGCCAGCUCGUUUCUGCAAGAAAAGAGAAGAAAUCACAUCUGUAUCCGCGGUCUGUCUCUGGUGUAGUAGUGGUAGCAUUUGAGCUGUGAAUCUUGUAUCUGCAGUAUGUAUGUUUGUCUAUGAGCAGUCGCGCAAUUUUUUUGGUGAUGAAAUGAAAUGAAAGGGGAACAAACUGGUGUGUGCUGCUGUCCAA